CCGGGUUAAUAACGCGCGCACUGGCCAUGGAUUGAGGAGAAUCAACAUUAAUAAACAUUGGUGUAUGCCUGUGUCACCCCCUCCCUUCACGUCAAUUUGUGUUGUGAUUUUCGUUCUAUUACCAUCCGAUUCAAUUUUACCUUUUUUCUCCACCACUCGAAUUGUUAUUUCGGCGGCCCGAUCAGUGUGUAAACCCCGCAAAAAGAAAAUUCUUCGCGUCAGAAGCAAGAGAUACAGUGUAAUUAAAAACAACCGAGUAUCUGUUUGAAAUUCACUCAUUCAAUCGAAAGUUUGUUUGUAAAAUAAAAUAUAAAACGAUACCAUUAGUGCCUACAGUGGAUGGAUUGUGUUCUAUGUUAAAACUGUGCUCAAUUUUUACCGUGAAAUAUAUAUUUUUUGUGAACCGGAGCGCGCGAUGCCGGUGGCCGAGAUGCUGCCGGGCCUCGCUUCCGGUCUCCUUGAUUUUCAAAGCCGCAGAGCUGGACAAUAUCGACGCAAUAGAACGUAUCAACAAUUGUUUAUAGCACUUGUUAGUUUAGUGCUUUUACAAACGAGUGUCAUCGGGGCCAUCAAGGGCAUUGACGAUGGAGCUGACUGUGGAACGGGAAUGUUCAGGUGUUCAGACGGAAAGUGCAUACAGCAACUUGCGGUAUGCAACUAUCAGAAGGACUGCGAGAAUGGCGAGGACGAAAGGCAGUCGUGUCCACCACCUGAGUGCGAGGCGGGCCAAUUAUCCUGCAGUCAAUAUAUUUUCAACAAAACAUACUGCAUACCCCAACACCAAAGAUGCGACAUGAAGGUGGAUUGUGUCGAUGGAACGGACGAGGCAGGAUGCAUAUACAGAAAAUGUCAGAUAGACGAUUUCAAAUGCAACGGAGGCCUAGCAACCAAUGAAGUUUGUAUUCCGAAAGAGAAGAAAUGCGACGGUUACUUGGAUUGCAGAAAUGAAAAGGAUGAGGAGGAAUGCCCAAUGAAUGUGAAACCCGCCUGUAGAUUGGAUCAAUUCAGGUGUAAUUCGACACAGCGAUGUGUUGAGCAAAGUGCAAGGUGCAAUCAUCGCGACGACUGUGGCGACAACAGUGACGAGGAGCAUUGCAGUUUCCCCCCGUGCACAAACGAGCAAUUCCGAUGCGCGAAUGCGCUGUGUAUCCCAGUGGGUUUCCACUGCGACGGCCACAAAGACUGUCCCGACGGUUCAGACGAGAAGUCCUGCAAAGUGACCGUAUGCCCGGACAACAAAUUCAUGUGCCCAAAGGGUGGUUUAGACGGCAAACCCCUCUGCAUCGAGCGAUCCCAAGUGUGCGACACAAAAGCCGACUGUGCUGACGAGGCAGACGAGGUGGCAGCGUGCUCCAAGGAGGCCUGUCCCUCCUUGCGAUGCUCCCACACCUGUCGCGCCUCCCUCACCGGUGGUGCCUGCGAGUGCCCCGAGGGAUUCAUGCUCGCCAACGACUCCGGCAUCUGCAUCGACAGAAACGAGUGCAACGAAUGGGGCUACUGCGAGCAGCUCUGCGAGAACACCGAGGGUUCCUACAUCUGCAAGUGUGCCCCUGGGUACAAUCUAAUCGGUCGUAACAAGUGUCGUGCCCAGAACAAUCAGCAUUGGCCAGCUGUUGAACUCUUACUCGCCCAGGAUCGCGCCCUCUGGCGCAUGUACGCCAACAGCAGUAACCGAACCCUCGUGGCUAACACGACUGGUGCAAGUGGUGUUGACUACCUAUUCUCCGAGAAUUUGCUGUUCUGGAGUGACGUUAAAACGCGAAAAGUUCAUUCACAACCACUGGCACCAGGUGACUCGGUGAUCGAUCAAGUGGACAUAGCCCCGGCUGGGUCAUGGGCCCCAGUGGCAAUAGCCGUUGAUUUCAUCGGCAGAAAGUUAUACGUGGUGGACUCAAUCGUCCAGAAGAUCGACGUGUUCGAGUUGGACGGGCGUUACCACGGAAUCGUCCUGGGAUCGAACCUCACGAGCCCCGCGGACAUCGCCCUCGAUCCCACCGUUGGAAUCAUGUUCAUCGCUGACAAUAAACAAGUCCUUCGCGCCAAUAUGGAUGGGACAAAUGCAUUCCCGAUAGUAUCUGAGGCUGCUUAUAAAGUGUCCGGUGUCGCUGUCGACAUGAUUGCCAAGAGGAUCUACUGGUGUGACUCACUCCUCGAUUACAUCGAAACAGCUGAUUACAAGGGGGGCAAGAGGGUCAUGGUGCUGAGGGGGGCGCAGGUGCCUGCUCCCACGAGGCUCACGGUUUUUGAGAAUCAGGUUUACUGGACUGACAGCACCAAACAAGCCGUUAUGAGCACUGAUAAGAACAUGGGUGACGCGAAUAUCAACACCAUCUUCAAGGUGCGGGACGCCAAGGCCAUCAAAGCCCUUCAUCCGCUCGUUCAAGCAACGGGAAACAUCAAGAAUCCUUGUGGGAAUAAUAAUGGCGGAUGCCAGCACAUGUGCAUUGUCACUGCUGCUGGGGGAAGAGAGAGUGGUCUCGGGUACAGGUGUGCUUGUAACAUCGGCUGGCGAUUGUCCAGUGAUCUCAGGAAUUGUAAUUUGGUCCAGGAGUUCUUGAUGUACUCUCAACAACGAUUCAUCAAAGGAAGGGUGCUAGAUCCUGUGAUGGAGGGGUUCAGUGAUGCCAUACUUCCGGUUGUGUCCAGACGAGCCAGAUUCGUGGGGCUCGAUUACGACGCACACGAGCAGUACAUCUACUACAGCGAUGUCCUGCAGGACGUUAUCUACAGGGUCCAUCAGAAUGGGACUGGCAGAGAGAUCGUUCUGGCCAGCCAGAACGAGGGGGUCGAGGGCCUGGCUGUCGACUGGGCGGCGAAGAACUUGUACUACAUCGACUCCAGGAAAGGGACGCUCAAUGUCUUGAGUACCGGGAAUGUCACGUACAGGAGAACGUUGCUGAAGAAUUUGAAGAGGCCGAGGGCCAUCGUCAUCCACCCUAAUCACGGGUAUAUAUUCUUCUCCGAGUGGGAUCGCCCUGCGAACAUCAGUCGGGCGCAUGCUGAUGGUUCCAAUCUCGUGGUCUUCAAGAAUUUGACUCUGGGAUGGCCGAAUGGUCUCGCUAUUGACUUCACCAAAGACAGAUUGUACUGGUGUGAUGCACUGUUGGAUCACGUACAGCAUUCGAAUCUAGACGGAGGCGAUGUGAAGACCAUCAGUCCGAGGCUGAUAAGACAUCCGUUCUCCAUCGCCAUUCACGAACAGUGGAUGUACAUCACUGACUGGAGACUGGAUGCGAUAAUUCGGUUGCACAAGGAGACCGGCCAGCAGGAGGCUAUUCUCGUGAGGGAACCAGCGACGAAUAGAUUGUACGGAGUCAAAGUAUUCAGCAGGGAGAUUCAGAAGCCAUCUGAUCAUCCUUGCUCUGUGAACAACGGUGGCUGUGAGAAGCUCUGCUUCGGUAUCCCCCAGAACACCACGAGCAGGUACAUUGGGCUCCCUCAACUCACUAGAGUAUGUGGCUGCCCCUACGGCGAGCGAUUGAUGCCGAACGAGAGAACCUGCACAUCAGACCCCAAAGCCGAGCCCCCCGUUCAAGCCUGUCCCAAUCCUUGGGACUUCACCUGCGCCAAUCAGAGGUGUGUCCCACACUCCUGGGUCUGCGACGGUGAUGACGACUGCCUCGACAACAGCGACGAAAUGCAAAACUGCACGAAACCAACGUGUGCAACUGACAAGUUCCAAUGUAAAUCUGGCAGAUGCAUCCCCGAGAGCUUCAAGUGUGACUCGGAGAAUGACUGCGGUGAUUACAGCGAUGAGGCCAAUUGCCCCAAUGUCACCUGCAGUGCAAGCCAAUUCACGUGUGACAAUAAUCGUUGCAUCCCAGCAUCGUGGAAGUGUGACUCGGAGAAUGACUGUGGCGACAGCUCUGACGAGGGGGCAUUCUGCGCAGCGAAAACUUGUUCGUACUUCCAGUUCACUUGUCCCAGGUCGGGACACUGUAUCCCCCAGUCUUGGGUGUGCGACGGGGAUAAUGAUUGCUUCGAUAAGCAAGACGAGAUGGAUUGUCCCCCGGUCACGUGCCUCAGUACGCAGUUCACUUGUGCAGACCGAAAGAUGUGUGUUCUGGAGUCUUACAAGUGUGACGGUUUGUCGGACUGCAAUGACGGGAGUGAUGAGGUGGGAUGUCCAUCAUUGGCUCCGGAUCAGUGCAACCCGGAGAAGCAGUUCCAGUGCGUGGGCUCGGGGUUGUGCAUCCCCAAGAGCUGGUACUGCGACAGAACUCCAGAUUGCAACGACAAGUCAGACGAGCCGGAGUCCUGCGGCCAGAGGCCAGACGAGUGUCCUGUUGGCUACUUCAAGUGUGUCAACCCAGUCAAUCAGAGCUGUGUGGGCAAAACGUACAUUUGUGACGGGAAUGACGACUGCGGGGACGGCUCCGACGAGGACCCUCUGGUCCACGCCUGCGCGCCACCGCCGUUCAAGUGCGACUCGAACCAGUGGGCCUGUCCUGGAGUGACUGGAAAGUGCGUUAACCAGACGAACGUCUGCGACGGAAAGCCAGACUGUCCGAACGGCGCGGACGAGGGCUGGGGUUGCGAUUUGACGGAGUGCAGCCAUCAGGGAGGACUCUGCAGCAAUGGCUGCAUUCAGACACCAGUUGGGGCUGAGUGCACGUGUCCUAUGGGUGAGGAACUCGAUAAGGAUGGGUAUAACUGUCGUGAUAGGGACGAGUGCGAUCCUCCAGGGUUGUGCUCUCAAACGUGCACGAACACCAAGGGAAGCUACGCCUGCAGCUGCAUCGACGGAUACAGAUUGGAGAACGACAAUCACACUUGCAAGGCAUUCAACCACUCGGCUGCGUUCUUGAUCAUCUCGAAUAGACACACAAUCCUGGUCGCUGAUCUGCAAGAGCAGGCUUUGGAGAGGGUACCGAUAAACGUUGAAAACGUCGUUGCGACUGCCAGCAAUAUGCACAGUGGCACGAUCUUCUGGUCUGACAUGAAACUGAAGAAGAUCUCGCGAUUGGAGAAGGGAGGAGAUCCCCAGGACGUGGUUUCCACGGGACUGGACCUGGUGGAGGGACUCGCUUACGACUGGAUCGGCAAGAAUCUCUACUGGUUGGAUUCUAAAUUGAAUACGAUUGAAGUUGUUAGGGAGACCGGGGAGUACAGAAUGGUCCUCGUGAAGGAGAACAUCACGCAGCCCAGGGGGAUGUGCCUGGAUCCCAGUCCGGAUUCGAAGUGGCUGUUCUGGACGGAUUGGGGGGAGAACCCUCGUAUCGAGCGGAUAGGAAUGGACGGCACUAACAGAUCCACCAUCAUCAGUACCAAGAUCUACUGGCCAAAUGGACUGGCGCUGGAUAUCGCUAACAAACGAGUUUACUUCGCUGACAGUAAACUAGACUUCAUUGACACCUGCAAGUACGAUGGCUCUCAGAGGAUCCAGGUCCUCGCCAGUUCUCACUACCUCCUUCAUCCUCACUCUUUAACCCUCUUCGAGGACACUAUGUACUGGACGGAUAGGCAACUCAAUCGUGUUCUAUCAGCUCACAAGUUCAAGGGGACCAAUCAAACCGUAGUGUCUCAUCUGAUCUCUCAACCUUUGUCGAUCCACGUUCAUCAUCCGGUGCUUCAGCCGAUGUACACUAGUCCAUGCAGCAGUGCCAACUGCCAGCAUCUCUGUCUUCUCUCCCCAAGUGCUCCCGUAGGCUACACCUGCAAGUGCCUCAUCGGUUUCAAAUCACUGUCCGAUGGCAGAUGCAUCGAGGAAGACGUCCCGUACAUAAUGAUGCUUCGUGGAUCCCAGAUUGUUGACAUUUCGUUGACCCCAGGGGACAGUAAGACCGGGUACAUAACACCUGUCGUUGGGGUGGAUGGUGGCACUCUCAUCGAUUACGAUAGAAAGGACAGGGUCAUUUAUUGGCUGCAGACGAAGGACGGUGACGAUGAGAAUGGCACGAUUUACACGAUUCCGUACAUUGGUGGGAACAAAACGCAGUUUCCCAAUCCAACUGGAGACUCCGGUAUCGUGGGAUCUCCCUCGACGAUGGCGUUCGACUGGUUGGGAAGGAACUUGUUCGUUGGUAACAAGUUUGCAUCUAACAUCGAAGCCAUCAAGAUCGACGGCGAGCCCCGAUACAGGACAAUUGUGCUGGCCAACGACGGAACCCCCACUUCUGUUGCUAAACCAAAGGCAAUGUGUGUUGAUCCACUCGAGGGCCAUGUAUUCUGGAUCGACGAGGGUGGAUAUGGGGUUCCCGAGAAAAUUGGGAGAAUUAACAUGGAUGGCACCAACUCUCUCAUCCUGAUCAAUGACACUUACAAGCUAGAAGCCAUCACCAUCGACAUUCCCAGCAAGAGAAUCUACUUCAGCUCGCAAUUUCCAGCUUACGUGAAGUCAAUGACGACUGAUGGUCAGAAUGUUCAAGUUAUACUGACGAAUACCAAUAACAUAGCUCUGCCAAAAGCCCUCGCUGUUCACGAGUCGAAGUUAUACUUCAUGGAUCCGACUUACGAUAAAAUCGAGAGGGUGGAUCUCCCCAGUGGGAACAACCCUGUGACCCUUCUUGACAAUGAAUCGACUCUGAAGACUCUCGUCAUCUACAAGAAACGCGUCGACGGUUCUCAUCCUUGUCUGGUGAACAACGGAGGCUGUGACCAGCUGUGUCUGCCUGCGAACGGAGGCACCAAAGUCUGCGCCUGCAGUAUGGGAUACAAGAUGAAUGGAGGAUCCAAAUGCGAGGCGUUCAGUACCUUCGCAGUUGUGACACAGUUGGAUGUGGCCAGAGGCUACAGCAUGACUGACGCCAAAGAAGCGAUGGUGCCAAUUGCAGGACCUGGCCAUCACAUCCUUCACAUUGAUGUUUAUACCGCCGGCAACUGGAUCUACUGGGUGGAGUUCAACAGAGGCGUUUGGAACGGAAUCUUCAGGAUUCGUCCCAAUGGCACUGAGCUGACCCCAGUCAUCAAGAACGGAAUCGGAUCGAAUGGCAUCAGAGGGCUGACUAUCGACUGGAUCGCUGGGAACUUGUACUUCUCCAAUGUCUUCCCACAUGACAAUUACGUCGAAGUGUCCAGACUCGACGGUAGCAACCGAAAAGUCAUCGUCAAGACGACGAUAGAUGCACCGCGAGAACUGGCUGUCAAUCCCAUCAAGAGAAUCCUCUAUUGGAUCGACUACGGCCAAUAUCCGAAAAUAGGUAAAUGUAAUCUGGAUGGCAGCAAUUGGUCUCCAAUAAUCAUUUCAGGGGUCAGUACCCCUAGGGAUAUAACAAUCGACCCAGUGACUCACGAUGUCUACUGGGUGGACUCGAAACUGGACAUGAUCCAGAGAGUCUCCUGGUCUGGGAAGAAUCAACAAGUCAUUCGAAGGAAUCUCCCGAACCCGAUGGGUGUCGCCAUCUUCGGGCCCGACGUCUACUGGGUGGACCGCAAUCUCCAGACUGUCUUCAAAGCCACCAAACAACCUGGAGACAUCCACCUGCCAACUCAGGUGCGCACUAAUCUACCGAAACUCAGGGAUAUCUCGAUCUUCGACGUCAGCAGUCAGCCUCAGGAUAAUUCCAACCCUUGCUCACGUACGCCAAACGGUGGCUGUGAUCAGCUUUGCUUUGCUUAUCCAGCUGAGGCUGACCCAAAAUGCGACUGCGCAACUGGAAAACUCGGGGAUGACCGGAAGAAGUGUGAGACUGUGGACGAAUACCUGGUGUUUGCCACCAGAACGGAAAUCCGAGGUAUCAAUUUGGACCCCAGAUCAACGAACGUUCCGUUCAACCCGAUAGGCAAUCUGACAAACGUCGUGGGAAUAGACUUCGAUUAUCAGGACAAGAAGAUCCUGUUUACUCAGAUCAGACCCUGGGCCCAAAUAGCUUGGAUCUCCUCGGAGAAUCCAUCAUCAACGGACAUCCACAGUAUAAUCAGCAAGGGUAUCAACCCGGAAGGGAUCUCCUACGACUGGACGCAGAAGAAAGUCUACUGGACGGACUCCACGAAUAACAGCAUCUACGCGAUGAACAUCGACGGUACCGAUCUAGUUAUGAUCGCCCGAGUGGAUCGGCCAAGAGCAAUAGUCGUUGACCCCUGCAACGGAUCGCUGUACUACACCGACUGGGGACGCUUCGGAACAUCUGGGAAGAUAUUCCGAACGACAAUGGCAGGGUCAUUGAAGAAAACCAUCAUCGAUAAGGAUUUGUCCCAGCCGAGUGGUCUGGCGAUCGACUACGACGACCAAAUGCUCUACUGGACUGACGCAGUCAGAGAGAAGAUCGAGCGUUCUGAUUUGAAUGGAAAGAACCGCGAAGUCCUGGUGAGCGCGACGAUCUAUCCCUUCGCCAUAACGGUCUUCAGAGAGCACAUUUACUGGACCGAUCUCCAGCUGCGAGGGGUCUAUCGAGCGGAGAAAUACACGGGCUCCAACAAAGUUGAGAUGGUUAAACGUCUGGAGGACUCCCCCCGAGAUCUCCACAUCUUCUCCGUUGGUAAACAACAGUGCAGUGUCAACCCCUGUCUCAUCAACAACGGCGGCUGCUCACAGUCCUGUCACCCAGGGCCGAACGGAAGAGCCGAAUGCAAGUGUGACGACAACAGCAGACUCGUCAACGAGGAAAGAAUGUGUGUACCAAAGAAUGUCACCUGUGACGGCAGUAAAUUCGCCUGUAGAAACGGCAGAUGCAUUUCACGCAUGUGGGCUUGCGAUGGAGACGACGACUGUGGGGAUGGCACUGACGAGGACAAACAGUACUGCUCGCAUCACUCGUGCAGUCCGAAUGAAUUCAGGUGUAACAAUGGGAGGUGCAUCUUCAAGACGUGGAAGUGUGAUCACGAGAAUGACUGUCGGGAUGGAAGUGACGAGGAGGGCUGUGUUUACCCCCCAUGUGCACCUGGGGAGUUCACCUGCGCCAACUACCGCUGCAUCCCUCAGUCUCAAGUGUGCAAUGGUGUCAACGAUUGCAAGGAUAACGUCACGUCUGACGAGACACAUGAGCGAUGCCCGAGAAAUAACACUUGUCAUCCUAAUUACCUGCAGUGCAAGACAACGAACAUCUGCGUGGAGCCAUACUGGCUUUGCGACGGUGAUAACGACUGCGGGGACAACAGCGACGAAGACCCCAUUAACUGCGCCCAGAGGACGUGCCCUCAGAACAGCUUCAGGUGUCCCAAUCACAGGUGCAUCCCCGCCACGUGGUACUGCGACGGCGAUGACGACUGUUUGGACGGCAGUGACGAGCCGCCUGGCUACUGUCAGUCAGAAGGACGCACUUGCUUUGGAGAUUUAUUCACCUGCGACAAUGGCAACUGCAUUCCAAGAAUCUACAUCUGCGAUGGUGACAACGACUGUCUGGAUAAUUCCGACGAGGAUGAGAGGCAUCAGUGUAACGACAGAAAGUGCGACGAGGAAACAGAGUUCACUUGCGAUGCGAAUAAAGUCUGGAAUAGAGCGCAAUGCAUCCCUAAGAAAUGGCUUUGCGAUGGCGAUCCAGAUUGCGUGGAUGGAGCCGACGAGAAUGUCACCCUCCACCACUGCCCACCGGCUCCGCCCUGUCCUGAAAAUCAAUUCCAAUGCAACAAUGGCAGAUGUCUCAACAAAAACUGGCUGUGCGAUCACGACAAUGACUGUGGGGACGGCAGUGACGAGGGGAAAUUCUGCAACUCGCAGUAUAAAACCUGCUCCCCUCAGGAGUUCACUUGCCAAAACUUCAAGUGCAUCAAAUCUCAGUUCAAGUGCGAUGGACAGGACGACUGCGGAGAUUUUUCAGACGAGUCUGGCUGCGCGCCGAAGGUCAAGAACACAACUUGCCCCAAUCCACUGGACUUCAGGUGCAAGAGUGGAAUGUGCAUAAAUCAACAAUUGGUCUGUAAUAAAGAGCCCGAUUGUCCCGACGAGGAUGACGAGCCACCGCACUGUAACAUCGACGAGUGCGCUAGAGUGGAGAUGAAUCAAUGUGGCCAAAUGUGCAUUGACACACCAACGAGCUAUCACUGCGAAUGUAAUCCUGGGUACAAGCUUCUGGACGACGGGAAAGCGUGCGAUGACAUCGACGAGUGCAUAGAAUCGCCGUCGGUCUGCAGUCAGCAGUGCGAGAACACUCCAGGUGGCUUCUACUGCAAAUGCAACGAGCGGUGGUACGAGAGAGCUGCUGACGAGCACACGUGCAAGCGUCGCGACAAGAUCGAGCCCUGGGUCAUCUUCACGAACAAGUACUACGUCAGAAACAUGUCCAUCGACGCGUCCAAGUACUCGGUUAUGCACCAGGACUUGAUCAAUGUCGUCGCCCUCGACGCAGACUACACGACCCAAAUGUUGUACUUCUGCGACGUAACCGCGAAGACGAUCUACCGAGCGCCGAUCGGAGGUGGCGAGAAGCAAGCGAUCAUUCGACACGACAGCCUCGGGCUGGAGGGAAUCUCCAUCGAUUGGGUGGGCAGAAAGCUCUACUGGUUGGACAGACACGCGAAGCACCUCGAUGUCGCCGAACUCGACGGCUCGAACAGAAAGACCCUGAAGAGUGGGAUCGCGGAUCCUCGUGCCAUAGUCGUUCAUCCAGGAACUGGUUACCUUUACUUCACGUCCUGGCACCUGCAGGCGUACAUCGGAAAGAUGGGGAUGGACGGCAGCAAUUUCACGAGGAUUCUCACGUGGGCUGACGACAUUGCCUGGCCGAAUGCAUUGACCAUUGAUUACUUCACUGACAGGAUCUUCUGGGCCGACGCCCAUCUCGAUUACAUUGCAUUCGCGGAUCUCGAUGGUCACAACAGGAGGAUCGUCCUCUCUGGAGCCUCUGUACCCCAUGUCUUCGCGAUAACUGUUUUUGAUGAUCACAUUUUCUGGACAGAUUGGAACCUCAAGGCCAUCAGCAGAGCUGACAAGUUCUCUGGGGGUAACUUGAGGGUUUUGAGGAACACAACGCAUCGUCCGUACGACAUUCACGCGUAUCAUCCCUUGAGGCAGUUGCCUUACACCAAUCCUUGUACCGAUAACAACGGCGGAUGCUCUCAUCUCUGUCUCAUCGCCCCACCUCGAUCCUCUUAUCUUCUCGAGAACUACGGACAACCGGGGGUCACGACUUAUCAAUGCGCCUGUCCUAACCAGUUCUUCCUCGAUAAAGACAACAAGACUUGCCUGUCGAAUUGCACAGCUGGUCAGCAUCGCUGUGGAGCACCUGAGGAGAAAUGCAUCCCCUGGUUCUACAAGUGCGACGGCGAGAAGGACUGCGCCGACGGCUCCGACGAGCCUACAUCCUGUCCAAAACGAGUUUGCAGGGCUAGUGUCUUCCAAUGUGCGAAUGGCAACUGCACACCCAGUGUCACAGUUUGCGAUGGAACUGACGAUUGUGGGGACAAGAGUGAUGAAGCGAAUUGCUCCCACGAAUGCGGUGAGCUGGAAUUCAAGUGUAAGGCCAGUGGGAGGUGUAUUCAUGCGUCGUGGAAGUGCGAUGGCGACGCUGAUUGCAAGGAUGGAAGCGAUGAGGACCCGGCUAUUUGCCACAAUAGAACGUGCGACCCGAAUACAGAGUUCAGCUGUAGUAAUGGCAAGUGCAUACCGAAACUGUGGAUGUGCGAUUUCGAUGAUGACUGUGGGGAUGACAGCGACGAGCCUGCCUUCAUCUGUCGUCAGAAGAAUUGCACGAGAGGGUGGCAGCGUUGUCCAGGACACGCCAACUACAGGUGCAUACCGAAGUGGCUGUUCUGCGAUGGAAAAGACGACUGUCGAGACAAAUCGGAUGAACUGCCAGAGAGCUGUCCAGUGUGCGAUUCUGAAUCCGAAUUCAAGUGCUCGAAUCAUCGCUGCGUCCCCAAACAAUGGCUCUGCGACUUCGCAGAUGACUGCGGGGACGGCAGCGACGAGAGCGAUGUGGUGUGCAAGGGCAGGUACAGAUCGUGCUCAGAGUCGGAAUUCAGAUGUGCCAAUGGCAAAUGCAUCGCGUCAAGAUGGCGAUGCGAUAACGAGGAUGAUUGCGGGGAUAACAGCGACGAGGUCGAGUGCAACACCUUUGUAUGUCAGAAUGAUACGUAUCAGUGCGCCAGUGGCCAUUGUAUUGCUUCCUAUUUGCGGUGCGAUGGGACGAGGGAUUGUCGUGAUGCCAGUGACGAGAUUGGAUGUCCACCAAGAUAUCCUGAUGGACGCUAUUGUCCACAAUCGAGAUUCCAGUGUGACAAUAAUCUCUGCGUCUCACUGUCCGAUCGAUGCGACGGCAGCGAUGACUGCGGAGAUGCGUCCGACGAGAGCCCCACGCUUUGUGCCAACUUCACCUGCGACAUCCUCCGAAGAUUCCAAUGCAACAACCACCGCUGCAUCCCCCGCUACCAAUUGUGCGAUGGCAUCGACAACUGUGGCGACGGUUCAGACGAGAAUAAUCUAACAAUGUGCGCCAAGCGAAUUCGCCCCUGCGAUCCAAUCACCGAGUACCAGUGUGCGAACAAGAAAUGCAUCGAGAGAACGAAAAUCUGUGAUAACUCGGACGACUGUGGUGACGAGUCCGACGAGCGAGGCUGCCACCCCAACAAGCCCUGCAAUCCAGUGAACAAAGGUGGUUGCGCGCACUACUGUCAGAACGUCACCGACGGCGGUUACAUAUGCGCCUGCUACCCAGGCUACAUAACAUCCUCGGACAACAAUAAACACUGCGAAGACAUAAACGAGUGUACAACUGGCACCCACCACUGCUCGCAAGUCUGCACAAACACCAAGGGAGGAUUCUCCUGCUCCUGCAUAGAGGGUUUCACACUAGUCGACAAUCACAGUGGCGUUUGCCGAACAAACGACGAAGGGGCACAACUGCUCUUCGCAAGUGGUCCAGACAUACGUGCCUACAGCCUCCACAAACGAGAGGAAAUACCAGCUAUUGCAAACGAAAAACGCAUUCGAUCCGUCGACAUAGAUCCAAAGAUGGAGUACGUUUACUGGAUAAAUUCCCACGACAACACGAUCAAACGAUCGUACAUGAUAAAUGCCAAAGAGGGACAGGCUAAAAUUGGUUACGCACAGGAUUUGAAUGUCCAGAAUGAGGCUGAGCCAGUGAGUCUCGCAGUCGAUUGGAUAUCGGAUAAUAUCUAUUGGGGCGAAGUUGACACGAGUGGUGCACGACAGUUUGGCAGAAUAAUGGUUGCUAAAUCGGAUUUGAGGUAUCGCAGGAGUCUGAUCACUAUGGGACUUGAAAAUCCAGUGGCCCUGGCGGUGGAUCCAGAGUUGGGGAGAAUAGUGUGGGCGGAUGCUGGGGCUCAACCCAAGAUUGAGAUCGCUUGGAUGGACGGAAGCAGACGAACUGCUCUGGUCUCCAGGCAGCUGGGGAGACCCUCGGCUUUGACUAUUGAUUACUCCAUGUAUCAUACUGUCUACUGGGCGGAUAGUAAGCUGAAUGUCAUUGAGUCCAUCUCACCGGAUGGAUCGAACAGAAAGGUUGUGAUCAAGGGAGAUUCAGUCAAGCAUCCGAUAUCGCUGGAUGUUUUUGAGAAUAAUCUUUACUGGGCCACCAAGUACACUGGGGAGGUGCUCAAGCAGGACAAGUUUGGAAGGGGUGUUGUUGAGAAUGUCGCCAAGACUCCUGUGAUUGCAGGAGGAGUCAAAGUUUAUCAUCCUUUGAGGUAUAAUACGACUCUUCGACCACCUUGCAAGAGUGACAGCUGCUCGCACCUGUGUGUUGGCAUACCCUCGGGGUACAGGUGUCUGUGCCCAGACUCCGCUGGUCUACGACUACCUCAGAGCAGUGAGAGAAUAUGUGAUGCCACUGUUGAAAGGCCCAAACCAUCGCCGACGAUAUGCCCCUGUGAAAAUGGGGGUAUUUGCACUAGGGAUGACAAUAAUGAUCUGCAGUGUCUUUGCGGCAUUGACUUCCAUGGGGACCAUUGCGAGGUCAAUCUCAGGUCAUCGAGGGCCAGCAGCUCUACUGCUGCCAUUGUUAUACCCAUUGUCGUUUGCUUGCUAAUUCUAUUCGCUGCUGCUGCUGUUUUUCUUGUUCUGAAAAAACGACCUUUCGGAAAAACUGGGGGACUCGGCGGGUUGACUGCUCACAGCGUUUCCUUCAGACAAGGCAGCAAUGUUGAAUUUGGGGGCCCAACUCAUGAAAGGAUGGAACCCCUUGACGUUGAGUACAAUCUCGGCGACGUAAGAACGAAAAAUCGUGAUUUCAGUAAUCCAAUGUACGACGCAGUUAAUUUAGAAUCAACGAAUGGAACGACAAGUUCAAUAUACGAAGUACCAGCUGAGAUGAAACCAUCGACAAUUCAACACAAAGAGCCACCCCAGUUGCACCUAAAACGGCGUGAAUUGGAUCCCACGCCUAUUGACUCAGGCAAGGAUACCCAGCAAUUGGUGGAGGAAGAUAAAUCCGAAUGCUAGGUCUCCAUAAAUUUAAAAAAUGUCAUUCAGUAGAUGAUUUUUGUUCACACCUAUUGUAGCUUGGAUGCGUGAGUCUUUUCGAUAGAAUAAAAAUUGGCAGCUCCUCUUAUGUUAUUCAUCAUCGAAUGAUUGUUGGGUUUAUAUACAUAUAUAUAGAUGUUAAUUAUAAAUGUGUUUUUUUUUCUUUUUCGUCUCAAGCUACGAUAGGCACGAUAUGAUUGUGUCAUCAUUAUAUUUUUUAUUAGGUGUGAUUUUGUAAGUCUUUGUAAAUAUUAUGACUACGAAAAAUAUUAAUUUUUAUGUUAUCCGUGUACCAUAAAAGCGCAACCACCACAUUCCACUAUAUAUUUUUUUUCUCAUUUUUUUUCUUUUUUCUUUAUAUUCGAAGGCUGCUGAACCCAAGGAUUAUAGUGAUAGCACGAAGAAAAAUAUCUAUAUAUAUAUUUUUGUCUUGUUAGAAGUGGAGUUGAUAUAAAUAUUAUGUAUACAAUUAUAACUAUAUUGAGUGAAAAAGCAAAUGUAAAAUGGAAUAAGUGGGACCAAGAAAUUUAUACAUUUUGAUGAGAAUUAUUUUCUUCAAUUAGGGAAAAAAUAAAUGAAUCAGGACAGAAGGAGGUGAUGCUAUGACCAUUAACAGCGGUCAAAAUCUCGUGCGCAUCGUGUUAUUUUCUGUUUUUUAGUUGGUUUUUAUGGUGACUGGACUGGCUUAAUUUUUGUCAAAUUUUGAAAUAUUACGUUUGUUUUUCUAUGUUUCUAUCUUUCCCCCUCUCUGAGACGUCCUAUUAAACCUUAUUAAUUAUUGUAGAUGUUAAAAAUGAAGUUGAAAAAAAGAAUUAUAUGAAUAAAUGUUUUCUUAUCGAGUGUCAACGCUCAGAAUCGUUUGGUCGGCCUCAGCGACGUUGGUUGUACAUUCUAGUUCUCAUUUUCUCUAGAUUUUUAUAUUAGGAAACAAGGUAUUGGGUGUAAGAGUGUGACGUUGAUCACCCCGAAUUUAAACUCUCCAUCUCGAUUCGACAAUAAUUUUCAAAGCUCUGAUGAAACUAUUGUGCCCUCAUAACUAUAGAGACCGAGGAAAUUUUUAUAAAUGGAAAUAUAUACUUUGUUGAUCACUAAAAGUGAAAAGAAACGAUUGACUCUGGACCGGGUCCUAACAGUCAAAUUAUUCCUAUUAUCUUCCAUCAGUAUUUACUGUAAUUAAAAAAUUCAAAUUAACGAAUUAGCCAAGAAUGAGAAACAGUAAGGAAACUAAUUGUUAAUAUAUUGUGCAAAUAUCAAACUGAAACCGUCCAACAAUAAAAUUUGAAGAAAAUAUAAUGAACAGUA